AUGGAUGUGGAGGAGGUCGGCAGAGGCUCCUGGGCUGGUCUGAACCUGGAUAUUUUGGAGCGCAUUGGAUGCGAGUUGGCGCUGUGCGAGCUCCUUUCAGCGCGUCUGGUGUGUCAGCAGUGGCGCCGCCACGUGGCCGCUGCCGUCAAAUACCUGCCGCAUGCGUUCCAGCACCAGCAACGACAGCUUGUGGAGCUGGACGCGCAACCCAGCGGCCGGGAAAACGUGUGGGAACGGUCCCUGGCAGGACUGGCGGCCUGCUUGCCGCAGCUCAGCGAAAUUAUGGUGUAUGUGAGCAGCCGGGUCUCUGCAGACCAGCUGGCCGCGCAGCUGCACAGCCUGCCCGCCAGCCUGCCCGCACUCACCAAGCUUGAGCUGCGCUACAUCGUGCCGUCCUCUGUGCCGUGCUUGGGGACCUCCUUGCAGCAGCUACAGCCCUCCCUAACGAAACUCACGGGACUUGACACGCUGUACCUGAUCAUGGGCGCCUCACCGGAACCCGGGGAGGUCGCUGCCGUACUGUCCACCCUGUCUUCGCUCCGAGACCUCAAGCUUCUGUCCGGCCUGCCCCAAUACGGCUUCACCAACGCCAAGUUGGAGGCCCUGGGUUCUGCCACGCAGCUGCAGCGGCUGCAUCUGGAGGUGUCCGGGGUCGGGCAGGUGGAUGCGGGCCUUGCGGCGUUGUCACGGUUGCGGCGGUUGCGGCAACUGUGGCUUGAUGGCCUGGUGACGCUGGGGCCGGCAAUAGCGAGUGCGUUGCAGCAGCUGCCGGACCUGCAGGAGCUUCGUUUGGAGCUGGACAGUCCGCAGCACAUACCCGACCUCUUCGCGCUGUCGGGCCUGAAGCGCUUGAGCCUGAUGUACCACGGAGAUGAACUGGACGAUGCGGAUGACGUGCCGCCGCCGCCGCUCCCGCCGCCGCCGCCGCUGUUUGGGCCUGAAGCCGCCGCGGUUCCGGCUAACCUCGGCCCAGGGGGCGGCGGCGGCGGCGGCGGCGCUGACUGGGACGCCCUCGAGCUCAUCGUACGUGGCCACACAGAGCGCCCCGUGCUGCGCGAGCUAGGCCUGCUGUGCUGCUCCUUUCCCGCCGACCCCCUACCCCGCCUGGCCAUGCUGACGUCGCUGACUUCGUUGACUUUCUACGAUUGCCGCUGGAAGGCCGCGCCGCCGCGGCUCGCCACGCCUGCCGAAAACGCAGCGUCUCGGGAGGGUCGAGUCCAGGGUUUGGGACACGACACGGCAACCGGGCCGUCGACGUCGACGGCGGCGGCGGCAGCAUCAGCGGCAGUAACGGCUGCGCGGUCUGGUUCGUGGGGUCUGCUCACAAGCCUUGUAGGCCUCCAGGGGUUUGGCAUGGCGCAGUGCGUGGUCCCGCCCAUCUGCGAGUUGGACUUGGUGUCGCUUGCGGCUGCCUGGCCGGGAGUGACAUCCUUGCAGCUGCAGAGCGCCGCCUACCGCAUUUCGCAGCUGCCGCUGCUGCCGCUACGGCCGCCGCCAGCGCGCUUCGGUGCGUUCCUUGCGCGCUGGCGCCGCCUGGAGGCACUGACGCUGAGUGGCUCCUGGUGCAAUGACCCACGGGUCGCGCUGGACGUCUCUUUGCUGCCGCCCAGCCUUACCAGCCUUAUCCUAAGCAGCGUCACGUUGAUCAAUUCGGCGGCCGCUAAUGCAGCAAUUUUGGAGAGGUUGGGACGGGGCUUGGAGGUUAAGUCGUUGGCGACAGGGCCGGCAGCAGCAGCAGCGAUUGCGCCGUCUACGUCAGUGGAGUACCCGCAGCAUUGCUCCUCGCUACCGUCCUGCGGGGCGGAGUCCGACAGUGAGGCGGUGGUGGAGGGGGAGUGUGCACAGGCGAGCGACGGGAGCUCGAGGGCCGUAGCGCUGCCACGGGGCAGUUGUGUUUGCUGCGGCUACGGGACUGCGAGCGACAGCAGCGGGGCGGUGAUUCACACCCACACCGCUGGCGCGCAGACUCAGACACAGGCCUGCAGCUGCACCAGCAGCGAAGGAGCUCGUGGCUGCUGCUGCACCGGCAGCAGCACAGGGCAUGCCGGUAGCACUGCCGACAGCAGCAACAGCAGGGCAUGCGGCAGCGCCGUCGUGUGCAACAGCGCGCUUAACAGCAGCUCUUCAAUAAACGCGAAUUUUAAUCGGGCAGCUUCACAUGGACACCAGCAAGCUGUCGCCCUGCCGCCGACGCCGCCGCUGGCGGCGCCGAUGCCGUUGGCACCGCCGCCGAUCGCGGUGGAACCGGACCUUCCCGCCCUGGAGCAUUUGGUGCUAGGGGAAGUUCGGCUAGGCUCCGGCGUAUCGCUGCAACGGCUGGUGCGAUGGGCGCCCAACCUGCGCAGCCUGGAAAUCAACAAUUUGCUGCCUAACCUCACGGACGACAGCUGUACGGCAUUGGCGGCGCUGACGGCCCUCACCGUACUGCGCGUUUCACAGGACCAGGAGCUGGAAGCCGGCUGCUGUGGGGAGGUGCGGAGCGCGAUAGCACCUGGAUCGAUGUCGGCGGCUGUAGCCGUGGCAUCCCAGCAGCAGCGUCCGGCACCGCUGUCGGGGAUGGGCCUCAUGGCCUUGACAGGAUUGAAAAAUCUGCGGCAGUUGGAGUGGUUGCCGUGGGGGUGCGAGCCGCUGGAUUUGGUGCACGUGGAAGCACUGGGACACUUGCAGCGGCUACACCUGAUCACACUGCGCAGUGCGCGCGACGGCGCCAUUGUGGAGCGAGCACUGGAAACGUUGCGGGAUCGGCUGCCCCUGUGCGACAUUGAUGACACCGAAUGGUCGGGGCUAGUGGAUGUGUAG